CGACGAAUGAUGGUGUUCUUCCUGGAUAAAAAAGAAAGAAGAUCAGAAACAACUAUUUCACAGCGCAACUGAACGCAAAGUUUGUAAAAGAUGAGUAUAUACAAGCGCACUGAGCUGGUUCACCCUCAAGCCAAACUGCGCUUUCCCUACACCUACAGAAGCAAGGAGCCCUGCCCCAAGAUAGGGCGGGGGGGCGAUAAAGAAGAAACAUCGAAGGAAAACAAGGAUGAAAAGUCAGGGGAGACGGAACCACAGGGAAAGGUGGAAACCAUUUCAGAGAAGAUAAAUUCAGAGAAGAACGAGGAAUCUCUGGCUCCUGAGAAUGAAUAUGUGGAGAAGUUCAGCCAAUGCCUCAACCACAUCCCAAAGCUGCGCUACUCCCUGGGGUACGACCACCAGAAGAGAGAACUGUGUGUUUCUUUCCUAGAAGGAAAAAGUGAUCCCUUCGGCCAGGGCGAUGUCUUCAGCAGGAUCUUAAAAGCCAACCAAGGAAAUGGAGUCCCACGGGUUCAAGAAGACAUUGCUGUUGGGGUCUCACGUAGUGCCAUCACCUCCACAGAAUGCUUAUGGCAGAAAACAAAUGAGACAGUGUAUGUGCCGUACACACUGGAUAGUAAAUACAGUAACAGUGAAGUUAACACAAUGACGUCGGCCAUGGAAGUGUACGCCACCCUGACCUGCGUGCAGUUUGUCCCUUACACUGAUGAAGAUGAUUAUGUCAAUAUAACAUCUGGCGAUGGCUGUUGGUCCUACAUGGGGCGUCAAGGAGGUGCCCAAGUGGUGUCCGUAGAGAAAGGUUACUGUACUUCCGAGGGGACAACCAUGCACGAACUCAACCAUGCCCUGGGCUUUGUACAUGAGCACUCCAGGAGCGACCGGGAUAACUAUGUUAAUAUAAUGUAUCAGUACAUCUCACCAGGUGACAUCGUCAACUUUGAGAUAAUGAAUACCAACAACCUCAACACAAUAUAUGACUACCGCUCUAUCAUGCAUUACCCAGCGUGGGCUUUCAGCAACACAACUGGAAAAAACACUAUAGUGGCCAAGCUUAACCCCAAUAUAAUAAUUGGAGCGGGAAGCACAAUGACCAGCUUGGAUAUUAUAAAGAUAAACCGGCUCUAUGAGUGUGAUGUCUGUAGUUCUCUCCUUACUGAUGCCAAGGGAACUGUCACCUCAGCCAAUUAUCCAUCUCCUUACCCAAAUAAUGCCAAGUGUGUGUGGGUCAUCCAGGCACCGUCCGAUUUGGUAACCCUGACGUUCGCUGCCUUUAAUCUCCAAUCUGCCCCAAACUGUGCCUCUGACUACAUUAGAGUUUAUGAUGGGCGCACCAGAACUUCCCCGCUUCUACUGGACAGAACCUGUGGGUCUAAACGCGUUCCUGCACUGAUCGCCUCAUCAAGUAUGAUGUUAGUGGAGUUUGUCGGUAGUAAAAACCUUAAAGCGACUGGUUUCAGUGCCUCGUACAGUACAGUGAAAUGUGGAGGCACUUAUUACACCCCAUCAAGGAACAUCACUUCUCCUGGAUACCCCAAGAAUUACCCCCCUAAUAGCAACUGUUCCUAUAUCAUCACUGCUCCGGCUUCCCAUAAGGUCUCACUGAGCAAGAUCAGUUUCUAUACACAAAAUAGCCACACAUGUAGCAAUGAUUACCUGUCUGUGUAUGAUGGGACUUCCACUAACGCACCCCUCCUGAAAACAUUCUGUGGACCCCUGUUCACCCUUUCGGCCACCUCCACUGGUCAGAACAUGUUCCUCAGGUUCAUCAGUGAUCAAACAGAGCAAGCGCCCGGCUUUGUGCUGACAUACAGUUUUGUGAUAGCAAUGGUGGAAGGGGAAUGUUGACGAAUGAUGGUGUUCUUCCUGGAUAAAACAGAGAGAAGAUCAGAAACAAAUAUUUCACAGCGCAACUGAACGCAAAGUUUGUAAAAGAAUCUCCGAUGGAAUAAAUAUGUCCCUACAGUGGGAGCAGCCGUGCAGCACAGAUCCCAUAGGGUAAGGGAUCAUUCAUUUCUCCCUGACGUUCCAGAUCCGACUAAUGAAGCAGAAUUUCCAGUCCCGCUGGGAUUCGCUAAGGAGCCCGGAGUAUGAGGGUGGAAGCCAAGAGCAAGGAGCAAGAGCCCAAUUCACUGAAAGCCGCUGUACAGACGAGACAUAAGCUUCCCUUGCCUAUCUGUGCCCGGCUGGCUUGGCAUUCCAGGAAUCUGGCAUCUCCCAUUGGAACCGACAGGCUACCUGAGCAGGUACAGCCAUGGGCAGUGGGCACCUUACCUGGAACCUUGGCACAGACACUAGGGCAAUAAUAUAAAGUUCCUGGCACUUUGUUGCCCCCCCCUAUAAUGCUGCCCAUAAUAGCCGUGGGGACCGUUCUUGGGAUUUUCUUGGCUCUGUGCAGUUCGGUUUUCCUAUACAGCUGCCUGAAGGGGAAGAAAUACACCUGGGCAGGUGGGGAUGGCACUCCGGUGACAAUGGCAAAUCGACGAUGAGUAUAUACAAGCGCACUGAGCUGGUUCACCCUCUGGCCCCUGAGAAUGAAUAUGUGGAGAAGUUCAGCCAAAGCCUCAACCACAUCCCAAAGCUGCGCUACUCCCUGGGGUACGACCACCAGAAGAGAGAACUGUGUGUGUCUCUCCUAGAAGCUGUUGGUUGCCCACUUACCAAGGAGGAGGAGCCUGGGAGUCACCGCUACAUUGGGGGCACUCUCACCAGCAAUGGUGGGCAAACAGAAGCCCAGACCUCGCUGAUGAAUAGGACCCCACAUACAGUUUGGGACGAGGCUCUGCUGUUCCCCUUAUCAGAGGAGGAACGAGUAGAGGCUGAGCUAACACUCACCUUGAGGCACUGUGACCGCUACUCCAGGCACCAGGUAGCCGGGGAAAUCACCCUGAGUCUGGCUAAUCUAGGGGUUCCCUUUGGAGCAGCUCGGUGGGUGGGACUUUAGGCCUCCUGAGAAGUGAGCUGCGGCGGAACUCUGACCGUGCCGGUGGGAAUUUCUCCAGCCCCGGAUACACAGAAGCCGUACCCUCCUUUCAGUGACUGUACCUGGACUAUGAUUGCCCCGGUGGGGUACAAGUGAUAGCAAUGGUGGAAGGGGAAUGACGACGAAUGAUGGUGUUCUUCCUGGAUAAAAAA